AUGAUGGAUAUGGUGGUUGAUAAAAUUAAUGAGGUUAAUGAAAUUGCAAAAUGGAAUCAAGUUGAAAUUAGCAAUAAAUCUAAUAAUAAUUCAAUUAAACUUUUUACUGUUGAAGUUAAGGAUUUGGUCAACAACUGA